AUGGCUACUACACAGACCGCCUUGGAUCUUAUCUCUUCCGCGGACCUUACGCCGACUGAGCAUCUUCUCCUGAAGCAUUUUGUUGAGAGCGCGGUCGACUCGGAGCGCGCUGCGCGGUAUUUGCUUUCGAGAGUCAGUCAGAGCGAUGGUGCUGAGGACGAUACGGAAAGCAGCCUGCGUCAUUUUAAGCGGGACUUGAGAAAGCUGAUAACAAGGCUGACAAAAUUUGAUAAGAUCCCAAAGUACAUCAGCACUCUGGUUCGCAGUAGAGAUGGGCCUCGCUGCUUCAUUACCAAGAAUGAACAUGGCCCUGAAAAAUCGACCGUGGAAACUGCGUAUGUGAUUCCACCGUCUCUGCUUCACAAUCUGGAAUCGGAAGAAGAGGGACGUCUAUACGCCAUCCUUGAAUCAUUCUUGACUCCCUCAUAUAUCGGCCGCCUGCGGGAUGUACUCUGCAGCAAGAAUGACAUAUCCAUUCUUCAAAAUGUUUGGCUACUAUCGCCAAGUGUCCACAGGGCUUUCCGUGCAGGCCAUGUAACCAUGAGAACUCUGGCCCAGGUGCAGGGACAGUGGACAGCUGAGUCUGAGCCAGAAAACCCAUUCCAGCCCAUUAGGUGCUGUCUGCAAAAAUCAUAUCCCGAGGAAUGCUCAGGUUUAUUCCUUGGAGAUGGAUCCGAGCCUCAAGUCCCCAUGCAUUUCUUUACAGUCUUACCGGAUAAGAAUGCACUCCCUCUUCCAAGCAGCUUUCUUUUCGACGUCCAUUAUCGACUUGCCACCGCCUUACAUCUAUUCUCCAUUGAGGAUAAAAUAGCACGCGACUGGCCACGGACUCAGUCCAACUAUCCGAAGGACUUUCUAUCAGCUAUGGCUCUGGAUACCGCUUUGGGCCCGCAUACAAUGCUAUCUGUUACUAAUGAAAGUUGGACGCUAUCUUUACGGGCCUUCACGGUCUCCUGGUGUCCAAGUGGUGCCUUUUGGGUUAGUUAUCAAGCAUUGUGUCCGCUCUCCUCAAAAUGA